UACACCCCAGCGCUGUUGCUCUCACGCAAUGUUAACUCGGCCUCAAUUCGAUCGCGCCUGCAAGCUUCUUGUCCAGAAAUGCGAAAACUUCACACCAUCCAGGUCUAACAAUGCUAUGAGGGGCUGGUCUUGGAAUGAGCAUCCUUCGGUAUCAGGCUUGGGCUAUCUGUGUCGCACCUCAAAUUAUCUUUCCCGAGAUAUCAGACUAUCUAUGGACGUAAAUUCGGACGAAAUCUACGCCGAGAUCGAUGAAGCGGCCGCAACCUGCAUUGAUUCUGAAACACUGACUUCUCAACAAUAUGUGGUUUAUUCCGCAACAUUUCAAGUUCCUUGCUUUUACUUCGCAAUGUAUCGCUCAAAUGGUGUGCCGUUGUCGAUCAACGAGUUGAUUUCUUCGACACUGUUUCGACCCGGUAUUUUCCAGGAUGCUGACAUCACUACUUUCGCUCUUACACGUCGCGAUACACCGUUUCCGCUGAUAUCGCAGGGAGAUCACCCAACAACAGGAAGGCCGUGCUGGUUCCUGCAUCCAUGCGAGACUACUGUUGCAGUCGAAGAAUUGUUGAAGGAAGUCGAGAAUGACAUAGACGAGGAAGACAUGAGGUUGUUGAUGUGGCUCAAAUUAUGGUUCACGGUUCUCGGAGGGGUUGUGGACUUACAAUAAUUGGACUAGAAUAGCACAUACAUGUAAGACACCUCGGGACCGGGUCAUUACCGGAGCAGAAUAUAAACAUACAUAAGCAAUC